CCAGUGAAGGGAGCGGAGGAGAGGAGUAGUGUGAGUGAAUUUAGGUUGGUUAAAAACCAGUCGAGCUGCUGCAUUCUGGAUGAGCUGCAAAGGUCGGAUGGCAGUAGCAGGUAGACCUGCCAGGAGGGAGUUACAGUAAUCUAGACGUGAGAUGACCAGAGCCUGGACCAGAACCUGCACCGCCUUCUGAGUGAGAAGGGGGCGUAUUCUCCUGAUGUUGUACAGCAUGAAUCUACAGGACCGUGUUGUUGCAGUAAUGUUGGCAGAGAGGGAGAGUUGGCUGUCGAGUGUUACGCCCAGGUUCCUAGCCGUCUGAGUGGGGGUUAACACAGAGUUGUCAAAGUUAAUAGUCAGGUCGUGGAUGGGAGAGUCUUUCCCUAGAAGGAAAAGUAGUUCAGUCUUGUCAAGUAGUGCUUUACAAAGACUCAGAGCGGGGACAAAGAUGGCAUCCCAGCAGCUCUAUCUGAGGUUAACAGGGCUGGCCUUGGUGGUGAUGCUGUUGGCCCUGAGAGAUGUAAACGGUGAGAGCAGCUUGUACAAGGUCUUGAGGAAAAGAGACGUGGCAGGAGCUGGUACUACCCUGUCAAAGGCCUCGGUUGCCGUCCCCCCCUCCAAGGCUCAGGAGUUCCUGGCCAAGCUGAGCAGAACCAAGAGGAACAUCUGGGAUCGCAGCAGACCCGACGUGCAGCAGUGGAUCAUGCAGUUUAUGUACAUGGGUUAUGAUGAGCAGAGGCUGGAGGUUGACCUGUUGUACUGGAUGGACCAGGCACGCUCCAGCGAUCAAGGGCGUCAGCAUCACUACGACGAAAACGCCCCCAUUGGCCCCCGAGACCAGAGCUCGUACAGAUACGGAGCCAAUGUCAACUACGACUACUAUUAACUCCAGUCGCACACAACACAGGCCACAGCCUGUGUGAAGGGUUUGUUUCUUCAUGCAUGUUAGUCCUCAG